UAGUUCAUUAAUGCAGAUGCCAUUACAAUUACUCGCUACUUCCUAUUUGUGUAGAAAUACUCAAAUGCUAACUAACUUCCUAUUUCCUAAUAAAGAAACCCAAUACAGAUAGGAUCAUAAGAUCAUAGGAUUAGGAAAGUUUAACUUCAUUAUAAAUAGAAAGCUCCCUCCUGCCUUUACCGCCAAGCCUCAAGCUCUAAUCGAGAAUCCUACAUACGCAUUAUUCAAUCAUCUGAAUAACUUGAAUCACUCUUAUAAUUAAUUAUGGCUACGAGUCUGAAGUACUGUGGGUUGAUCAGUCCUUUGGAGAAGGAACUAGACGAAUGGAGGAAGAGAUUACAACACUCUUUCUCUCCACAACAUACUUUGCUAUUUCACCAACUUGCCGAUAACACUGCUAGAAUUCCAGAAAACUACAAUGUGGAAUGGAGUCAGUUUGUUGGAGGAGCAUAUAGUUGCCGUUCAUGUUAUGAUUAUCAUAAUAUUGCAAGAAACUACAACUACGAAUAUGAGUCCUUCUCAUCAACACUGAAUGAUUCAAAGGACGUGUUUGUACGCAAGGCUAAAACGCAUGAUGGGUCACUUGAACUUCAAAAUCUGAUUAAGAAUGGGAAUUCAGGAGACAGGCAAGAAGUUCUUGAUGGGAUUAUUGGUUCCAUAUUUGAGGUGAUGCUCGAUCCACAUGGCCACCAUCUCUUUCGAAGAAUUCUCGAGUUUUGUGAUUCUAGUCAGUUGGACACCAUCUUUGUCAACCUGACAUCAUCCAAGGAGUUGCUUAUCAACACAUCUCUCAUGCAAUACGGGUCAAGUGCAGUUCAAAGAUUUAUCAAGAGGAUUAAAAACACUGAGUUGGGGCAAUUCGUUGCAAUCAUCCUUUCCAUGAGAUUUGUCGAGUUGAUGACUAGCGAGCACGGUAGAUUUGUAGUUCAAGAGUGCUUUUACACCUUCGAGCCUAAAGAAAAUGAGGUUUUAUUCACUUGUGCAAUCUCCUACUUGAAAGAGGUGGCAACAACACAAUAUGGAUGUUCAUCCUUGAAUGUUUGCUUGAGUUGCAUUACCGGUGCCCAAAGACAACAAUUGCUCAAAAGUAUCGUACAUAAAUCUGAUUUCUUAGCGAAUGAUCCUUAUGGGAAUUAUGUUGUCCAGGAAGUUCUUAUGCUUAGAAACGAUGAGAUCACAAAAAAAAUAUGUGACCGCCUCAAGAGGGAUUACCUACGCUUAUCUUUUAAAAGAAGUGGAAGUCGUGUUGUUGAAAAAUGCAUACAAGCUUCAGAGUAUGGACUGGAUUCGGUAGUUGAGAGCCUUCUCAGCAGUGAAAAGAGUUUAGUGCUACUUGCUCGUGAUCGAUUCGGAAAUUAUGUUAUCCAAACUGCUCUUCAGACCGCAAAGGCAAGUAAUAUCAAGCAUUAUGAAUCUCUUGUCACUGUCCUUAAGGCGCAACGCUCGGCUCUUCCGCAUAUCAAACUUGGGAAGCAUAUAUUGAAUCACAUAGAAGAUGUGCAAAACAAUGUGGAAAAUGUCUGAUCUGAUUUUUUCGUCAAUUUGUACUUAUUGAAAUGCAAGCCCGAAAACUCUGUUUGGAAAGUUGAUUAGUUGAUAUCUUAAUAAUGUUAAGUUUUUUUCUUCUGAUAAUGACUUUUUAUUUCCUUUCAAUACAUUCCUGCUAGUUGUGGCCCUUGGGCAUACACGAGGUUUUAAUUUUUUAUCCAUAUAAUAACUCUCUAUAAUUGUAUGUACAAUCUCCCUUUGUGGAUGAAUAAUUAGACAGUAACUCAAAUUUUGAUUUUACCGUUUCAUAUUCAUCUCUAGAAGAAUCCUUU